UUUAUGUUCUGAAGACGUGCGGCGUGUGGCUGAUUAGUUCACUGUAGUUUUAGAUGAUUCGGAACAGUUUUGAGUGAAUCAUGAGCAUGGACCUGACCUUCCUGGGCACGGGCUCCGCGUACCCGUCUCCUCACCGCGGGGCCUCGGCGCUGGUGCUGCGGACGGACGGGGAGUGUUGGCUGUUUGACUGCGGGGAGGGAACACAGACCCAACUCAUGAAGAGUCAGCUCCGAGCCGGUAGAAUCACUAAGGUGUUUAUCUCUCAUCUUCAUGGGGACCACGUGUUUGGGCUGCCCGGUCUGCUCUGCACUGUGAGCCUGAACAUGACCUCUGACCCCCCACAGAAGCCUCGCUGUGUGGACAUCUAUGGCCCCCGCGGCCUCAGGCACUUCCUCAGAGUCACACUGGGGCUGACAGCAUCACAGCUGCUCUUCCCUUAUGCAGUCCAUGAACUGGAGCCCACACCUGACCAGAGUCCAGAGGAAGGACAGCUCAGCAGAGAGGAGACAGCAGAGCACGGGUCCCUCCACCCUCAGGAGCAGGUGGGCCGGAGCGUUGCCCUGGACCCCUGCUCUGACACUUACCUUCUGUUUGAAGACGAGCACUUUGAGGUCAGGGCCUUCAGGUUGUAUCACCGAGUGCCCUCCUUCGGCUUCUGUGUCCAGGAGAGAGAUCGACCCGGACGACUCAAAACUGAACUGCUCAAGGAACUAGGCGUUAAACCAGGCCCGCUGUACGGCCGUCUGAAGUCUGGACAGAGCCUGACUCUGGACUGUGGGCGUGUGCUGACCCCUGCGGAGGUUCUCGAGGACGACAUUCCAGGGAGAAAGGUGUGUGUCCUGGGCGACUGCAGCUCUGUCCUGGGCCUGUCCCAUCUGAAACUGUGCUCCGCUGCGGAUAUUUUGGUUCACGAGGCCACGCUGGGAGACGAGCAGCAGGAGAAGGCAGUAGAGCACGGACACAGCACCCCAAUGAUGGCAGCUGCAAUAGCCCGAGCGUGUAACGUGCAUAAACUGGUGUUAUAUCAUUUUAGUCAAAGAUACAAGCCCCUCUCUCUGCAGAAAGAAGGAGAGGGGGACGAUGUUUGUGAACUGAAGAGACAGGCUGAAGAAGCUCUGCAGGGCACUGGCACUGAGGUGGUGUUAGCGGAGGACUUUCUCACUCUGCAAAUACGACUAAAAAGGACUAGAAAGUAGCAACAGGUAUUGUCAUUUCUCUUCACUUUUUUUCACUGCUCUGUUUUUUUGCAAUGACUUGUCUAUUUUGGUAAGGUUGCAAUUGUGACUAGUCAUCGAUUUAAAUAAUCACAUAUUUGCUGUAAUGUAAUAUUUGAUUGUAAUCUGGACUAUGCAAAACCUAAAACACAUGUGAACUGAUGUUUUAUAACAAAGAUGGUAACAAUGUUAAAUCAAAACAGCAAAAAAGAAUUUUAAAAAUGGUAGCUUUUCAUCAAAUAUACAUGUUAUUUGUAAAUAUUCACUACCUAGAAGCUUUCGAGCGCCACAAUUUGACCUUUUGUUGGUUUUAAAAAGAUUUAAAAAUUCAGUUUCAAAAUUCGCCAACAGAUUUUCCUUCAGGGACAAUAAAGUUUACCUUAAACUUAGUAGAAAUAAUCAUUUGACUAAUCAACUCAUUGGAGAAAUCAUUGCCGACUAGUUGACAACAAAAAUUUGUUGCAGCUGAACUAUUGUAACUAUUUAGGCAAAAUGGUAAUAUUGUGAAUUUACAGUAUGAAAUGAUAAAAAUAAUUUGACAUUUUAACUAAAGAUGACUGCAGAAAUAUUGUUACAAAGAACUACAUAAUUCUUUUGCUCUUCUGAGGUGCUAGCUGGCAACAUGGAAGAAACCUUUAAAUAUUUUUAAUACUAAAUUAACUAAAUCAUACAUUUAAUAUAGAGUUGUGCAAUAUGGCAAAAAUUAUGCAAAAAUUACAAACAUGUCAUUUGAUUGCACAGCCCAUAGUUCAUAGUAUCGUAUAGCCAGACUGGCGCCACCUAGUGCCUCCGCUCAAUUUCAUUUCUCUCCAGUGACUAGGUCAGGAAUCAAAAUGCAAUAGACGGUUCGCAAAAACCCCGGAAGUGCAAGUUCGGGCACCAACCAAUCAGCGAAGAGUCAUAUUCAGUGUUGUCAACGAUUCCCGAGAUCAAGAAUCUAAAGCUGGAAUAAAAAGAAUGUUUGGUGAAUCUUAUCAAGGGGAAAGACGUUAUUCUAACACUGCGAGGUCAGACAGUUUGUACAAAGUGAAAUGAAGUAAAACCGGCUUGAAGUAUCAAAUGCCUUUCAAUACUAAUAUUGUUUCAGGAAAAUUAUUUUUAAAAAGCUGAUUUUUAGUAAGCCACAAUCCUUUUUUUCUCAGCUGAAGAGUUAUGAACAUGAAAAAGUCUUAAUCUCCACCAUCCACGAAAGGUCUGUCAGAGCAUUUUAGGGAAUAGACAAUUUUUUGAUGUUGUAUCAUUUGUUCCCUGCAUAAAACUUGCAUGUUAAAAUAUUUUAACCAAUGUUUAUCUAGGAAAUUCUUUUACUCAGAUUGUUCAGACCAUUAAAAUUUGUGAGAGGAAUUGCACAAUUGUAUGGAUAAGUAUUUCUGGCCCAGGGUCCCUUGAGUAAACUAUCUAAUAAUGUCAUAUGCAGCUGUUCUGUUUGCCUGUAGACUUCACUAGCAAAAAGUUUCCCAAGACCAAAGCCGAGAAUAUGAAUUAAGUUUGAUUAAUAUAUUGUUUGUUUUUUUCUUUUUUUGAUAAAUAAAAGAGGAAGACAAGUGUUUUCGAACCUUUACCAGAGAUUUAUUUCUGGAUCUGUACACAAGGUAUUAAAGAACAACAGAAA